CCUCUUGAGAGCUCCUCUCUCCUAGGGUUCGCUGGUAUCGUCUCUUCCACUCGGACUCGGCUCAUCCCUCCUUCACUGCCGCCAGUUCCAAGUUUUCCUCCACCGCCACCGUGCCUCUUCUUGUCACCCCCAUCGCUCUUCCUUGCUGCCGGUUCAUUCUCGUCACAAGGAAGGGGGAGCAGAGAGAGACACACUUGGUUUGGGGAGAUCGUCUCCCUCACGGUGGCAAAGCUGAAAAAAAAUGGGAGCAACCCAGGAGGCGGGAGCGAGCAACCUAAGGCCAUUAUUCCUCUGUUUUGAGUUUUUGGGUUACCGUCACCAUCGUCCUGGGCUAUUACUGUUACCACAGCUGUCAGAGGAUCUCCUCUGUGGGAUAGACAGAUGGAGCUAAACUCAGCACAGCAGAGAACUCAGAAGAUUCAACAAGUUCGGGCGUCUGGGUCUUGUUUGAAAGGUCAUUAGAAAAAAAAAAGAGAACUGAGCUCCACUCGCGAAGGCCACAUUAUCAUGGGGUUUUGGUAGCAGUCUACCCCUUCUACCCGAACUCCCAGUUACUACCGCCACACAGAAGGUUAUAGACCGGGCGAUGUCUAUUUUUAAACGACAAAGGGAAGUAGAAAACAGAGGAGUUUGAAAGUUCAAAAGAAAACUGCCUCUUCAGUUGCGACAGAAAGAAGGCACGACAAAGAUCAAGAUCGAAUUUCACUUACUGGAAUUCGACAAGUAUGGCUUUGAUACCAAUGUUGGAAAAAGGAUAACCAAAGCAGCGGAAACUUGAGCGAUCCUUCAGCCACGACUCAGCAGAAGCACCUGUGACAAAAUAGGAAAGGAAGAAGCAAGAGAGAAAUUGAUUUUGGGGGUUUGCUUCUGAGAGGCGCAGGUUGAUUAAAAAACUAUCAGCCAUUAGAUGAAUAGAUGCUGGGUUUUGUAGACCGCCUCUCAGGAUUUCCCCAAUCCCAGUUACGGUUAUGGCAUGGAGAUUUAUGUUACAAAGAAAAGGAUGGGGCUCAGGGCCACUACCCAACAUCUAGACCUACCAUUAUGGAGAAUAAUGCAGCUGUAUAUCCGGAAGGAUUCAUGGAUCGAGUCGAAAGGCGGGCACUCGUUGUGGAAUGGGCUCUGCAAAACGAAAUACUCUCCCAUCCGUCGGUUGCAUGUUUCCUGACUCAUAGUGGCUGGAACUCAACCAUGGAAGGGCUGUUCAAUGGGGUCCCCAUGUUGGGUUGGCCUUACUUUGCUGAUCAGUUUCUAAACCAGACCUGCAUAGUUGAUCUGUGGAAGGUGGGCUUGAAGUUAGUGAGGGAUGAGGAUGGUGUUGUUGGGAAAGAAGAAGUGAAAAAGAAAAUAGAGGAUUUGAUGAAUGAUGAAGGAAUCAGAGAGAGAGUUAGUGACAUGAAAGAGAAGGGAAAGAAGGCGGUGAUGGAAGGUGGUGCUUCCUUUGAUAAUAUCAAAGGAUUUGUGCUCACCAUAAAGAAGGAGGCAGGAAAUCAAGAUUGAUCAAGUUAAACUAUUGAACCUUUAAUUUGGUUCAACCAAUGAAUAAAUGUCACUUUCACGCUUAGAGGCUGUUUGGCAACAGA